GAGUGUCAGAAACUCCACGGGCCCCGCAGAACAACGUGUGCGCACACUCCCUGUCCCGUCGUCACCUGAGGACCACAGUACAAUAACCCAGGCAAACAUGACCUACCAGAUAUUUAUUGACUCUGCUUAGGUAUUUGUGGACACCGAGAGGACUGUCAGGUGGGUCAAAAACACCAAGUCACGCCGGGGGAUAUUUUCCACCGUCACUGACAGCACACGGCGGCGCAGGCAUGCAGGUGGUAACGUGCGCCUGGUUUGCGCUCGUCACUGUGCGCCUGAUCCGCAGCGCCGCGUCGGAGGCUGCGUCCUGUCCCCCGUCCUGCGACUGCACUGAGUGGAAGGCUCACACCAUCUCCUGCGCUGACAUUGAUAUUCUCCCCAGGUUCCCAGCAAGCACGGAGACGCUAUGGCUUUUUGAGACCCGUCUAUCGUCAGUGCCAGCAGAAGCUUUUGGCCACAUGGUCAACAUCUCAUGGAUAUAUAUAUCAGUGGACACGACACUGGAGAGAUUGGAGAGGCACUCGUUUUACAGCCUGAGGAAAAUCACCCACAUAGAGAUCCGAAACGCAAAGAGUCUGACCUACAUCGACCCUGAGGCCUUUAAAAAUCUCCCAAACCUCAAAUACCUGGGGAUUUUCAAUACUGGCCUAAAAUUCUUUCCGGAUCUGAGUAACAUCCACUCUAAUGACAUGAACUUCAUACUGGAAAUUGUUGAUCAUCCCUACAUCGCUGAGAUCCCCGCCAACGCAUUGCAUGGCAUCACCAGUGAAGUGCUGACAGUGAUGCUGUACGGAAACGGCUUCAGAGAAAUUCACCCUCAUGCGUUUAAUGGGACCAAGUUAGACCAAGUGGACCUUCACAGAAAUAAGUAUUUGACCAGGAUGGAUGAAAGGGCUUUUGCAGGCGCCAUCAGCGGCCCUAUGCUUCUAGACGUGUCCAUGACAGGUAUCACCUCCUUGCCGACCACAGGUAUGGAUUCUCUCCGGGAGCUGAAGGCGCAUAACACCUGGGCCCUUAAGAAACUGCCACCCAUUAAGACCUUCAAGCACCUCACCAUUGCCAAUCUGACCUACCCGAGCCACUGCUGCGGCUUCAAAAACCUCAAAAAGAAACGAGGCUUUUUGGAGUAUAUAAUCUGCAAUCUGACUGCUUUCUACGACCAGCAUCACAAGCGCUCCGUGGGGCCCCUUCGCAUGCCGUCCCUCCAGGAGGACAGCAUGGCGGCCUCGGUCCCGGAUCAGGACGUAAACGAUGAAAGCCUCAGAGACUGGAGGAGAGGUGACUUCCAUGGCAGCCUCCAUUACCACGCCUACUUUGGGGGCCAACCAGAUGAGAAUGUGGGUUUCGGAGAGACCCUCAAGAACCCCCAGGAGGACACCAGCCAGGACUUUGACAGUGGUUACAAUUAUGUGGUGUGCGAGGAGGGAGAGGAGGUAGCGUGCGCGCCAGUACCCGAUGAGUUCAACCCCUGUGAGGACAUAAUGGGUUUUGGCUUCCUGCGAGUUUCGGUGUGGUUUGUGAGUCUGCUGGCCGUUUUGGGAAAUGUGGUGGUGCUUCUGGUGCUGCUCACCAGCCACUACAAGCUGUCAGUCUCCCGUUUCCUCAUGUGUCACCUGGCCUUCGCAGAUCUGUGCAUGGGGAUCUACUUGCUCCUUAUCGCUUCUGUGGACCUCCAUACACGAGCCGAAUACUUUAACCACGCCAUAGACUGGCAGACGGGUCCUGGAUGCGGACUUGCAGGUUUCUUUACCGUCUUUGCCAGCGAGCUGUCGGUCUACACUCUGACCGUGAUCACUCUGGAGAGGUGGUACGCCAUCACUUUUGCUAUGCGGCUUGAUCGGAAGCUUCGACUGCACCACGCAGCAGCCGUGAUGCUGGGCGGGUGGAUCUUCUGCCUCUUCCUGGCCCUGCUUCCUCUGGUCGGGGUGAGCAGUUACCAGAAGGUCAGCAUCUGUCUCCCCAUGGACACCCAGUCCACAGCGGCACAGAUUUAUAUCAUUUCAGUGCUGGUCCUCAACAUCCUGGCCUUUUUUGUUAUCUGCGCUUGCUACUUCAGGAUCUACUGUGCAGUCCACAACCCUCACUACCACUCCGGGUCCAAGGAUACCAACAUUGCAAAGCGCAUGGCUGUGCUCAUCUUUACUGAUUUCCUGUGCAUGGCGCCAAUUUCCUUUUACGCCAUGUCAGCUGUACUGGACCGACCACUCAUCACGGUCUCUAACUCAAAGAUCUUACUGGUGCUUUUCUAUCCACUGAACUCCUGUGCGAACCCGUUCCUCUAUGCGAUCUUCACUAAAGCCUUCAUGGGGGACAUAUUCAUCCUCCUCAGUAAGGUGGGUCUGUGUCAACAGCGAGCCCAGCUGUUCAGAGGCCAGACAGUUUCGUCGAAAGGCAGCAGCGGGACUUCUCAGGUACGCAGAGACAAGGAUAAGAUCCGUAAAGGAGGGGGAGGAGGUCAGGAAGAGGUGCCCAUUCACCUGAAGAAGUGCUCUGGACAUGCCUACCAGCAGGCAGUCAGCCAGCAGACAAGCCCUGAAGAGAGCCAGAGCCUGUACACGUGAGCCAAAACACCAGCUCGAGGUCGUAAAAGCGAGACAGGUUCAGGUGAGGGAGAGGAGGCCUUGAAGUGUUUGUGGACAGAUCUGUUUGGAUAUUGAACAGAAAGCUCCGGGAUUCUGUAUCUGCUUCCAUUUUCAGGCCAAGUUCAGCUGUUUUCACAAUUUGGGCUGAGAUGAUUUUAUGGUUCCAGUUGGUGGAGAGCAUCAAGUGUCACUGAAAUAUGAGCUCGGCUUCAUCUCACUUCUAGCCUGUGGAUUGUGACCGACUGAGGAAUCAAACAGAAAUUAUUAGGAGGGAAAAGAAGAUAGAAACGUGAAAAUAUAUAUAUGAACAUUUGAAACCUUUUUUUUUGGAUAUGUUUAGUUAUGUAUCAAGGUAUAAUUGGCUAUUUCUGCCAAAAUGUGGGACCUAUAAAAAAAUAUUGGUCUUGGGACCUUUGAAAGACACUACUUUUAAUAGUGCCUGCUGGCUCAGUGCCAUUCACUUUGAAAACUUCAUCCAGUUUGUUGAAAACUAAAAACACUGCACUUCUUUAUUUCUUACCAUUUUCUCUGUAAAUAAUGUAAAUACAUGCUAAGGGGUUUAGAACUGAAAUAUAACAAUACAAGGUGGGGUUUUUUUUCAUGUGAUUUUAACCUGAAUCAAACUUGAUGUAUCACUUUCCUGAAGGCAUAAAAUAUUUUCUUUCUAUCAUUUUUUAAAAGCUACCAGAUAUUUUUACUUUGUUUUAUUUAACACUGAUAAAGAAAAGCAAAAAAGAAGCUGUCUGCAUGGGGUGCAAGUUCAUUUCCUGAGAGCAUGUGAUCCAAUUACAAAGCUAAACACAAGAC